GCGCAACUGGAAGGUUGGGGCAGGAGGUAAGAGGAGGCAGUGGAGAUUUAGGAAGCCAGGCGGGGACACUUGAAGAGGAAGCUGGAGCCUGGGAGGUAGUGGUUCCUCGGGCUAGUCCAGCCCCGUCCUGGGGCAGGUUGGUCGGGGUGUGGGGGAAAGGCUGAGAAGAGUGAUCUGCAGGUGGCCCCUUAUCUGGGGGUACCCACGUGGUGGGUACGGAGCAGGUUUGAAGAAGUACUUACGAACUUGCAUAAUGAGUAAAAUCAUAUCAUAAAUGAAUUGGUGGCACACUUAGUGAUCAAGAAGUCUUUACCUAAACAGAAGCAGGAAGCACAGAAGGCCAAAGCAGAGAUGUCCAAGCCCCGGAGCGAUAAUACCGUGCCCACAAUGGUUUUGGAUGCAGCUCAAAGGAACAGACUCCAACAACAAAUGCAGCAGCAUGUUCAGCUCCUGACUCAGAUUCACCUUCUGGCCAGCACCAACCCCAGCCUCAGUUCGGAGGCCAGUACCACCAAGAUGUUUCUUAAGGAGCUGGGGACCUUUGCUCAGAGCUCUGUUGUCCUUCACCAGCAGUUCAAUCCCAAGUUUCAGACCACAUUCCAGCCGUGUAACCUGAAGGGUGCUAUACAACUCAUUGAAGACUUUCACUCGCAUGUUAUCAUUGACUUGAGCCCUCAAAAAAAUGUUCAGAAGAGUGGUGAAGGACAAAGCCCUGAAUAUGCAACCAGUGAAUUUCCUUGUCUGCCGAAGCAAGUAGCCUGGAUCCUGGCCACAAGCAAGGUCUUCAUGUAUCCAGAACUACUACCAAUACGUUCCCUGAAGGUGAAGCAUCCCAGGGAUAAGAUAUUCUUCACCAAAGCAGAAGACAAUUUAUUAGCUUUAGGGCUGAAACAUUUUGAAGGGACUGAGUUUCCAAAGCCUCUAAUUAGUAAAUACCUCCUGACUGCCAAGUCUGCUCACCAGCUGACAGUGAGAAUCAAGAACCUCAACAUCAGCCGGGCUCCUGACAAUAUCAUUAAGUAUUAUAAGAAGACAAAGCAGCUGCCCAUAUUGUUUAAGUGCUGUGAGGAGCUUCGGCCUGAUCAGUGGAAGCCACCUGUGGAGAGGGAGGAGCGCCAUCUCCCAUUCUGGUUAAAGGCUAGUUUGCCAGCUAUCCAAGAGGAAAUACAGCAUUUAACUAAUCAUGCUGGAGAAUCCGGAAAUAGGUCUGGUUCAGCUGAGAUGGGUUCUGACCCAGGUCUGGAGUCAGUGAAUGAUGUCCAGUAUCCCCUUCUAUUGCCCAAGGGUGUGGUGCUGACACUGAAACCACUUGCCAAACGAUUUUCAUCCAGGAGGAUUUGGAGGCAGAGGUCAUCAGUCCUGAAACCCCUCCUUAUCCGCCCUACCCCAUCUCUCCAGCCUUGCUCGAAUGACAGUACUCAAGACAGAUUAGCCCAGUCAGAAGCACCUCCACAGAAAGUGGACAAUUCAAACUCCCAAAUGAUCCAGCCAGUCACUGGCUUGCAGACAGCGCCAGAGGCUUCACCUUUGGGUGUCAGUGGGAGUGAUGGCAUUAAAAUUCCCAAGACACUGCCAGCUGUGGCCCCCAAGAAUACAGCCAGGUCCCACGCCUUCCUUUCUCCUCCUCCAGUGGCCUUCCAGUCCAAAGUCUUGUUGCCCUCAGUUGUCACUCCCAAUAGGUGUGAGCCAGGGAUGAAGCCCCCAAAGAAAAAGUGGGCCAAGGCUUCCCGUCUCUUGAAACCUGCCCCCGUCCUUCCCUCCCCCCGGAUAAUCCUCACUCUUCCUGCCACCCCUAUGAAAGUUGUGACUCUUAACAACAGUUUUAAUGUGAUCCCACCUCUUAGAGCUAUAGCUCCAAGCCCUCAGACCAUCCCCAUAACUACCCUUUUGGUUAGCCCCACAUCCUUCAUCUGUCCAUUAAACCAGCCCCUUAUAGCUUCUAUUUCACCUUUAAUUGUUUCUGGUAACCCUGUGAAUCUCCCUGUGCCACCUACUCCUGAGGAAAACACACAGAUGAAACCAAGUAUUCAUUGUCCUCAGGCUGAAGGGGAAAGUGCCUUUCCAGUCAUACAACCCAAACUGGAACCCCAAGAGUCAUCUCCUCUUUGUCCAAGUCCAUACCCCAAGGAAGAACACAGCCCAGGGCCUCCCACAACAGGCAGGGAGAGUCAGGCACACUCAUUUGCAGGGAAUGCUCAUAGCUGGACUGUUGUGAAGACAAUGGAUGGGAGGCAAGUCCUGGAGCCACUGUCUCAUACAACUCAAAAAGACAUUGAUUUUCUGCCAGGGAAUCUGCUGAAGAUUGUUAAAGUAGAGCCUGAGGAACCUGAGGAAGAAGCCACCUUGACUUGGAAUAGGUUCCCUGAGACAGACGUUUGUGAUGAAAUAAAAAAAGAAGCCUUCAUGGAGCUGGAUAUGGGACCUCCAUAUCAGGAGGCAAGUAGUGCUCCAGAAGUGAAGACAGAGGACGAGGAAGGUGAGACAGCAAUGACAUUCUCAUCCCUCCAGGUGACUCAAGGUGAAGCAAAUCCAGCAGGAAAGAUGAGCAAAGGGUCUCCCAUGAAUAUGCCCUCUUCCACUCAUCCUGACAUCAUACUUAGUAGUCCCCUAGGUAAGCCUGAAGACUCAUCCCAUGUUGUUGGCCAGUCAGUGAGAACCCAAGCUGGACCAGAAACAGGGGGUAAGGAUAGGCUCAAAGAGGAGGAGGAGAAAGAAGAAGAGUUAGAAGAUCUUGACCAAGAUGAAGAAAUGGCAUCAGUCUCUGAAGAAGUUGGGCCAUUUGUCUCAGAGCCUCAGGAGACUGUGGAGAAGCCAACGUGUCUGGUGUCUGGGAAGUGCAUGGGCCAAGAGAAUGAUUUUGAGGAAGAGAAUCCUUGGAAAGAGAAUUCUGGUCCUGAGGUUGUGGUGAAAGUGGAGAAGAUGCAAAGCCUGGAGAAAGAUGAUGAGGUGAUGGAUGAAGUGGACAGACAUCAUUCCUCUCACCCUUGCUUCACCUAAGGUGAUUCCAGAAGUGGAGACCAAAAGGACACCCAACCCAGGGGAAGCACCAUAGCUGUUGGACAUCUGGAGCUAGUGAAGCCUUGUAGGGGCCAGAAAGGACACCCUAGAGCUGCUCUUCCUAUACAGUGAGUGCAUCCUAGAAUGGAACUCACCGAGGGAAAAGUACAUGGUAU